AUAGUGUCUGUGUUUGAUGUGUGUUGCGGCAAAGAGUGUGCCUCUUGGUUCUGGAAUAUUCCAUUGACGGUGCAUGAUUUUUAUUGUCCUCUUUUUGCAGAAAAAGAUGGACAGUCGUGAUUAUCAGGACCCUCAGGGAUUUGCAGCAGAUAUUCGGUUAAUGUUUUCCAACUGUUACAAGUACAACCCUCCAGAUCAUGAAGUGGUGGCAAUGGCCAGGAAACUGCAGGAUGUUUUUGAAAUGCGGUUUGCAAAGAUGCCGGAUGAGCCUGUUGACAUUGCCCUACCUCCUCCCAUGCCACUUCCAACUAUCGCCAAGCCCAAAGUGUCAUCCUCAUCCAAUUCCAAUAGCUCGGAUUCAGAAGAGGAGAGGGCAAAUCGAUUGGCGGAACUGCAGGAGCAGCUGAAAGCUGUUCAUGAGCAGCUGGCAGCUCUGUCUCAGGCUCCUGUCAGCAAACCAAAGAAGAAGAAAGAGAAAAAGGAGAAAAAAAGGAAGGAAAAACACAAACUGAAAGUGGAGGAGAAUGACAAGAAGGUCAAGACCUCUCAGGCGAGCAAGCAAGCACAGUGCAAGAAACACAGCAGCAAGAAGCCCAGCAGUGUGAAUUCACUGACCAGACCCCUGAAGAAAGCUACAAAGCUACCGCUACUUUAUGACUCUCAAGAGGAAGAGGACACUCAGCCAAUGUCAUAUGAUGAGAAGCGUCAGCUGAGUCUCGACAUCAACAAACUUCCAGGUGAAAAACUGGGCCGGGUAGUUCAUAUCAUUCAGUCGAGGGAACCCUCCCUCAGGGACUCCAACCCUGAUGAGAUUGAAAUAGACUUUGAAACGUUGAAGCCAACAACUUUACGAGAGCUAGAACGAUACGUCAAAUCCUGCUUACAGAAAAAACAAAGAAAACCAUAUAACACUUCUCCCGACAUGUUCAGUGGUAGAGAUGGUGAAGAGCAGCACACUCUGUGGGACUCCAGCAGUAACCGACCCCCAUUACCAGCUACGCCUUCAAAGAAACCUGUUGGGAAAGUGAAGGAGGAUCUUACUCUGGAGAAGAAGACAGAGCUGGAGAAACGUUUACAGAACAUGAGUGGGCCACUUAAUCACAGCAAAAAACCGAACAAGAAAGGGGAGAAGUCAGACCUCAGGCAGGGAGGGUGUCCCUCCCGUCUCAGUGGCAGCAGCAGUUCAUCCUCUGACUCAGGCAGCACCAGCUCCAGUGUCUCCAGCUCCUCAGAUACCAGUGAAUCUGAAUAGACCUUUCGAUCUGGGCUCUCAAAUUAUACUUUUGGCACAAAGUUCUUCCGGCUGCUGGCCCACAUGACUUGAACCUUACCUCACCAGAUUUGAAAGCUGUGCUGUUUUUUUGAUGAUGAAUGAACCUGAUAGGAGAGACCCUGACCAGCACAUUCCAUUGAUGAUCAUUCACUCAGUUAAAAGCAGUGUGAGACGCCUGACUGAAGGAUAUAGCCAGUGUCUGAGCACACAGGGACUGUCUGAGUGCAAGUGUUUACCCAUGUGUAUAUACCUAAUUUAUUAAGAACCUGGACAAAUAAAUCAACUCGGGACCAAUGAGGAAGCCUCCAGGCAGGAUUCUGAUCGUAUGUGUGUAGCCUGGCUUGUGCUAGAUCCUUCAGGUGUUUGUACAGCCGAUGUGACUGGGUGCUGUGAUUUACAAAUUCAAUUUGUUGUGUUUGUUAAGCAUUUUUAUCAUUCUAUUUAAGGUAAAGGAAGGAAUGGAAGGGGUCGGAGUCCAUUGUACAGACAGAAGUGUUGAAACUUUAGAUAAUCAGGUUUGAAUAAGUCAGUUUCUGAUUUCUACAAAGGCCCUUUUGAAAUAAACAGGAUUGGGUUUGGUGA